AUGGAAGCAUUCGCACUUCCUGACGCUACUGCAAUCGCAGUCGCGCAUAAGUUGGUAAACGAAAUAGUGUGUCGGUUUGGGGUUCCCCAAGAACUCCACUCCGAUCAGGGCACCAACUUUGAGUCAGGUGUGUUCUGCAAGAUGUGCCAAAUUCUAGGCAUAUCCAAAACUCGAACAACCGCCUACAAUCCGAAAUCGGAUGGCAUGGUUGAGAGGUUUAACAAAACCUUGAUCAACAUCGUGGCAGUGCUAAUAGACCCUAUGCGAAGGCAGAAGGAUUGGGAUGAGUUCCUCCCCUAUGCCACCUUCGCCUAUAGGUGCACGCCACAUGAGUCCACCGGUGAAACCCCCAACAUGAUGAUACUGGGAAGGGAAGUGACCAUCCCGGUAGAUUUGGUGACAGGUUGUCCCGAAAUUGAGGAAGACACAACCGUAGACUUUGCAGAAAGACUGCGAAGUAACAUGCAAGAUGCUCACAAAAGAGCCAGAGAGUGUCUCGGGAAAAGUGCCCGAAGGCAGAAGAAGAACUAUGACAGAAAAGCAUCCGAGCAUGGGUUAAGGGAAGGCCAACUAGUGUGGCUUCACAACCCAGCAAAGAAGAGGCACAUGUCCCCCAAACUCCAGUUGAGGUGGGAAGGGCCAUGGCUGAUUCUGAAAAAGCUAUUGGAUGUAACAGUUCGAAUCCAGCCUAAACAAGGAGGCAAGCCCAAAGUUGUUCAUGUGGACAGACUCAAACCGUGUGUCAGUCCAAACAAAUGGGAAGAUCAGUCCAGGGAUGAGGUGGCUAAAAAACCUCCCCCAAGAACUGACAACAGUUCCAGAUGA